AUGCUUGAUUGAAUAGAAUUACUUUGCUUUAUAGCAGGGGUUUGGACUGUCUUAAAAAUCACCCUUGAGCUUUUUACAGUUAUAAAAAGUCUCAAAUCAAAAGUAAACUAUUCAUCAUAUGGUCUUAAUAGCUGGGCUUUAAUUACAGCACCUACAGAUGGCUUGGGUUUAGGCUUUGCAGAAUUUUUAGCUUCACAAGGUUUCAAUAUAGUUUUAGUUGGGCGAAAUCCAGUGAAGCUCCAGUCAGUUUCUAAACUUCUCCAAGAAAAAUUUCCAAUUACUACCAAAUUUAUUGUAAAGGACUUCUUUGACUCAGCUAAAAACCCUCAAGAAUUCUUUAAUGAUAUCAAAGCACAAACUCGAGGCUUAGAUAUCAGCAUUCUUGUCAAUAAUAUAGGUUUCGGCUCUGGAGGAAAAUAUUUUGCUGUCAUGACUGAAGAAGAGGUCUUGCAUUCAAACGCAAUGAAUAUUUGGCCAGUUGCAUUUCUUACAAGACUUUAUUUGCCAGAUAUGAUUUUACGUAAGAGUAGUAGUGCUAUUAUUAAUUUAAGUUCUAUAGCAAGCACGUUUCCUAUGCCUGGCUCAGGGAUCUAUUCAGCUGACAAGAGUUUUGACAAUUUAUUUUCUUUAAUUGUUGCUGAAGAAGCCAAAUACUUAAUGAAAGGAAAAGGUUCGAAAAUAGAUGUGCUGAGUGUAAGGCCUGGUUUUGUAGACACUCCUAUGACCAAAUCUUUAUCAUUCAGACCACUCUUAACAAGUGUCAACGAAUCCAUUGAACCUAUAUGUAGAGCUCUAGGUAGUGUAAAUUACACAUAUGGCCAUUGGAAACAUACACUUCUUGGUUUAUAUACAAACCUUACCAAGGAUAUAGCACCUUAUGCUGUUAUGAAUGAAACCAUAAAUAGCAAUAUAAUUAAAAAAUAG